UCGCAUUCUCGCUCACGGCGGCACUACAACGACCGUCUCCCCGGCACUACUCAUCUCUGCCCGCGUACUCGUGCACAUUUCGCAGAAUGAUUUGGCCAGUUUUUCUCAUUCUCCUGAUCUCCGGCGUAAAGUACCAGGCUGCUGGCCAGCUAGCAGAGCUGAUGGACCUGAUGAAAAUUCCUGAUUCAGUAAUGGAGCAGGUGGACGUUUGGACGCGUCCAGUGGCGAACGAGGCCGCCUUCCGUCCGGUGGUGAGCAGGCACGCAAACUGCCAGAAGCACAUGUCAUCGGUGAUCGAGUUCCCGUGUAAACGCACCUUUGACAGGGUGCCUCCAAGGUCGCCGCAACCGCCCACCUCCGUGCACCGACUGAGGCCAGGCGAUAUCGACGUUGUCGCGGCUAUUGGAGACAGUCUUGUUGCCGGUGAUGCCGCUUUAGACGACUCACCGUUCAGCGUGUUCAUCCAGUACCGCGGCGUGUCUUGGUGCGCGGGCGGCAUGGCCGACUGGCGCAAGUACCUCACCGUCCCCAACAUCCUGAAGCAGUUUAACCCCAACGUCACAGGUUUUUCUACUGGCGAGGGAUCCUACCAGUCCAAGAACGCGCGCUUCAAUAUCGCAAUGCCAGCCGCGUUGGACGACGACGCCCUCACUCAAGCGCAGAUUCUCGUUUCACGGAUCAGAGCCGACCCAAGCAUCGAUUUCCACAAGUCUUGGAAGCUAGUGACAAUUUUCAUUGGCCACAACGACCUUUGCUCGAAGGCGUGCUUCAACCCUGAAAAACACACGGCCCUUCAGCACAAGAAACAGCUGCAAAAGGCGUUGGACUUCCUCAGGAAGAACCUUCCACGCACCUACGUGUCGCUCGUCACAAUAGGAGACGUGACAUACUCGAUGAAGGUGCAGCGUUCCAUGAUCUGCAAGUUGAUGCAUCCCUUUCUGUGCGCAUGUCUGCACAGGGGACGCUCCGCCAACCCUGUCAAAUGGGUCGGCAACCUGGCCAGAGAGUACGCUCAAGCCGAAAUUGAUUUGGUAUUAAGCGGAAGAUAUGAUAACGAUCCAGAGUUUGCCGUCGAACUGAUGCCGUUCACCUCGUUUACACAUCAGCUCGGCUUCAUGUCGACGCCCGCCGACAUGAAGAGCGUGUGGAUGACGGACAAAACGCUGAUCGGUCCUGACUGCUUCCACAUGAGCCAGGCCGGCGCCGCCAUGAUGGCCAACAUGUACUGGAAUAAUCUGCUGGAGCCGAGUUCCCUGCGCUCAUCGUCCCCGCCGAAAGCCAUUUUCGACCGCUUCCUCUGCCCGACGGAAAAGAAUCCGUAUUUGUUCACUAAGGAAAACAGCGUGACAUUCAGGGCAAAAGCUUCACAAAUCAUUUAGAUUGACACACUUUUAAUAAUUUAUUACUAUAGUAUUUAUUCUGAAAACUUGAAAUCGCAUGCAGUUGUGGUUAUAUUAUGAAAGUCUGAGUCGAUUAGGAAAUUUCUAACGGCCCCAAUUUCGAUUUUAAAUCAUGCAGCUGUGAAAUUUUUGAUUCAAAACAUAAAAAUAUUAAUUUUAUUUUAAACAUUUUUUCCACAUUUUAUGGAUUGAGAAAAUCCUAAAACAAAUAAUCUUUUUCCGUCUAGGAAUGCAAACUACCAGAAAUUACAGGGGCCUUAUUGCAUUAAAAUUAAUUUUAAAUGGCUUCUAAUACUAGGCCAAUUUCCUUUUUACGUUUAAAUUCCUUAAAAAAUAAGACUUGAAUAUGAAACUUAAAUAUUUAAUUUGUAAUAAUUUCAGCUGCGAUAUUUUGGUCUAUAUAUAGACAUCACCCAUGCAUGAUAUAUACAUUGCCAAAGGCUAUCUUGUACUGAUCUAAUUUAUUUGCGUUGAUGUAAGAAUA